UAUCGAGGCGCUGCGGGAGGAGUAGACAAAAAAUGACGCACGCCUAAUGCACAGGGUCCUAGGAGCUACCUACCCUGUAUUUAACCCACCGCCUCACCAAGCCACCAUCAUAGUGGGGGAAGCUCCCACUCUCGAGUCUCCACCAUGGCCAGCUACGAAGACGACCACAACCUGCCGCGCACCCCGCGCGUCCCCCGGCGGCGACCAGCGCCCACCGUCGACCUCGACUCCCUCUUCACAUCGUCGCUCCCCAGCGCCGCCUCCGCCUCGGCAGCCUUCCGCGCGCUAGCGUCAACCUACAGCACGCUCUCGGCGACGCACACGCCGCUCCUGGAGUCGAUCCUGGACACUCUCACGCACGACGCGACGUCGGAGGUGCCGGCGUCCGGCGUGCCAGAGGGCUUUACGGAUAUGCUCGAGCGCGUGCCGAAGACUCGGUUGAAGGAGGCUGAUACCUGUCCCAUAUGUAAUACCCCGUUCCUCGAGGAUAAGUUCCCGCUUGUGGUGAGGUUGCCGUGUCAUAGGGAUCAUCUGUUCGACCUUGAGUGCAUCGCGCCGUGGCUGAAGCUCAAGAGCACGUGUCCGCUGGAUCGGAAGGACCUGGUCAAGAAGAAGUCGCCGCCGCCGCCGCCACCGCAGGACGAGGACGAGGAGGAGUGGGAUGAUGCGUAUGGUUAAGGCUAAGGCUACCUAGGUGGAGAAGGGUUCGAGAUGGAUGGAUGAGGAAGAUGAUGAUACCUUGCUUGAAUGCCUAGAUGAUAGAUGAUAGAUGAGGAUUUCACGGUUAGAUCUGAUCUGAUGGACGACGACGAUGGUGAUGGCCCAGUUCGUAUAGAGUAGAGUAA